AUGGAUGCUAUAAUCCGAUGGGGGGGACGACACGAGGGAGGCCCCCAGCGCGUCGGUGAGGGAGGCGGCGCCGGCACCAGGGGCAAUGAGCGGGUUGAGGUGCGGGAUGGUGUCGAGUGGGUUCCCACGCCCCUUCUUUCCGACCAUCUCACCACCAUUCCACACCUCAACCCGCUCAUUGCCCCUGGUGCCGGCGCCCCCUCCCUCGCUGACGCGCUGGGGGCCUCCCUCGCGUCGUCUCCCCCCAUCGUCGAUCGUCGUUCUCCAGCGUCGAGGUAA